AUGGCUCGGACAGUCGCCGAGAUACGCGCCAUGAAGUCUCAAGUGCAUAACGCGACGAGUGAUGCGCCCGAGAUCGAUCAGAUGCUUGAAGAAACCCAAAGAACACCAUUCACGGCGAGAAUCACGGAGGCUAGGAUUCCCGAGCUGGAGAAGGGGGCCGCGCUCGAGUGGUUUUCAAGGCAGGAGCGCAAUUCAAUCGGCUGUUUCCAAGAGCUCUUCGCCUUGUUCCUUAAACAAUACUCAAUGUUUAAGGACAGAGGAACUUCUGAUGCCGACAUGUGGACGCUAUCCCAAGGACCGAAUGAACCGCUUCGGGAUUACAUGGCAGGGUUCAAGGCGGUCGUAUCCAAAAUAGAAGGAAUAAGCGACAAGGCUGCACUCGAAGCUCUAAAAUGGUCUUUAUGGUACAAAUCCGAAUUCCGACGGGAAAUGGCACUCAACACACCACAAGAUGCCUUGCAUCGGUCAUCAGACUUCGUCGUAAACGAGGAAGAGAUGAAGAAUCUGGACGAACAGUACGAAGCAACGAAAGCAGCAAUUCGAAGCUCGAUUUUGACGCGCCCUUCGAAGAAAGGCAAUCCAUCAAACAAUGCAACAACGCAGAGCUCGGACGAACCUAGAAGCGGAGGUGCCCACAACUACCAAGUAGGCACUGGACUCGGAAGAGGAGAGCCGCACAACAACACCUGGGUAAGAAAAUCCACCAACUACGACGAAAAGGCAUUCUGCGAGUAUCAUCAGACCUACGGGCAUUCAACGGCACAAUGCCAAACCCUAGGAGCAAAACUCUCAGCUAAGAUGGCAGCGGGAGAGCUCCAGAAUGCGGUUAACCUCAAAGACCUCGUCCUUAAUGAACCAAAAGAAGGAGCCAAUCCGUCUUGCGCGGCAGAACCCGCAAAUCCUCCCCGACGAGGCGAUAACUCCAAGCGCGACAGGAGAGGCGAACCCGAAGAGCGACCUGAGCCGAGGCAAAGGAUCAACAUGAUCAUGGGUGGAUCUCAAUAUUACCAAGACACGGUGUCCUCCAUCAAAGCUUACCAGCGCCAAGCCGAAGCGAAGGAAAGUUGGACAGAACCGACCGAUCUCCUGAAUACAGUAAUCUCCUUUGCCGAGGAGGAAACGACAGGAAUCGAUAGACCACACAACGAUCCACUGGUGAUCGAAUUGACGAUCAGGGAUCACGAUGUAGCGAGGGUGCUCAUCGUUACUAGGAGCUCGAUAAACGUCAUUUUCAGGGAAACGCUCAGAAGGAUGGGAAUCGAUCUCUCCGAGGUGACGGCAAUCCCCAAACCCCUAACCGGAUUUUCAGGAGAAACAACGAUGACCAUGAAAACAAUUAGGCUCCCUGUGGUAGCUGGCGGAGUCACUAAGAUCGUCCAAUUCUGCGUCACCGAUCAUCCAGCAAUCUACAAUGUGAUUAUGGGAACUCCAUGGAUCAACGGGAUGAGGGCGGUCCCUUCCACCUAUCAUCUCUGCCUCGAAUUCCCGACUCCAGCAGGCAUCAAAACGAUCUGGGGAAAUCAGAAGGAGUCGCGAAUGUGCUGCUUAGCGGAGCACAAGCUGAGGAAUCCCGUCACCGACGCACGAGCAGACAUAGAUCGCAAAAAGAUGAAGACGGAUCGAGAGCCUGCGAACGAGCUCUCGAAACUCUUAUAG